GCAAUCUUCUAUCAAUAAAUCCGAAUUAUGUGUCAAAAAAAUGUGUUUCUCUUGUCCUCUCUGUUUCUUCGUUUCCUCUGAAGGUGGCCUCUAAAUUUUGCUUUAAAAAUUAUUAUUUUUUUGGAAUUUUCUUAAUCCUUUUUCAGCCCAGAUUCAUACCGUCUGUGAUACUUCGAUUUGAAUUGAUUUUUGAUCUGUUUUUGGGGUUUAAUCAACUGAGUUAAUAUUUAUUUUGGGUGAUUUGUAUUGGGUUUUGAUUGAAAAAAGGAUCUUUAUUUGCCAUGUUCUAUAUGCCGAACUCAAUCUCGCUCUGCAAUUCCAUUGACCAAAGCUUAAGGAUGGCUAAUUGUAUGAGUUCAAGUGAUUUUAAUCCAAAAUCAAGGCAGAAAAAGAUACCCAGUCCGCAAAAUUGUUCAAAAGCACCCCCUUGUGAAGGAUCAAGGUUUAGAUCAGCUGUUAUUGAUGUGGUAAUUUUGCUGGCUGUUAUAACUGCUUGUGGCUUCUUGCUGUUUCCUUAUGUUAAGGUUGUAAUAUCUACAUCACUUGAAGUAUUUGUGCCCGUGUUUUAUCUCGUUAAAGAGGAGGUGAUUAGUAACCCAAUUAUAUAUGCAUCAAUAGGGCUUAGCGUUUGUUGUGUUGCCAUAGCUGCUUGGAUAGUUAUUUUGUGUACAACAAGGAAAUGCGGGAAUCCUAAUUGCAAGGGCUUGAGGAAGGCUGCUGAAUUCGAUAUUCAGUUGGAGACUGAGGAGUGUGUCAAGAAUUCUGAUGCUUUGGUUAAGGAAAGUGGUGGUGGUGCUGCUGGCGGUGUUAAGAAAGGAUUGUUUGAAUUGCCUCGAGAUCACCAUAAAGAAUUAGAGGCCGAGCUUAAGAAGAUGGCGCCCCCUAAUGGCCGUGCAGUGCUUAUUUUCCGUGCAAGGUGUGGAUGUUCUGUUGGGAGAUUGGAAGUUCCGGGAUUGAAGAAGCAUAAAAAGAUCAAGAAGUAGGAAUUAAAUAAGGGAUUGGGUUUGGGUAGGGAGGGUAAUUCAAUCACUACAGGAGUUGUCAUAAUGAACAGAGGUGUGGCUUUUGCUUCUCUGGUUAGUUGUUUCAGAACAAUAUAUAUUGUUGUUAAAUAAAGUUCAUCAUGGCAAUAAGUUGUAAGGGAUUAUACACAGUUGGUUAUAGUGGGAAUAUAAGAAUAUUUUUCUUGCA